AUGCAUGAUGGCAGAGUCGGCAACACGCCAAAACCCACCGCCACUGUCACCAGAGUGGAAGACCGACGUCACUACUUGAAGCUCGAGAGCACCUUCAAGAACAUUAACGUCACUGAGUUCGAAUUGUCGAAUGUGCGUGAUGAGGUGACUGCGGACGGUCACAAAGUGAAGUAUACCAUCGCGAUGGACAUCAGCACAAUGAAGCUCGUGCAGGUUGGAGCAAAGACCACUCACAUCGAAGGGAUCAUCGGCAAGCACAUCAUGGAGCAGUUCGUGGGAAGGUGGGAAUUGAAGAAGACCGACGGCUUCGACAAAAUCAUGCAUCAAUUGGGAGUGAAUGCCGUCAUGGCGAAGUUGGGCAACACCCUGAAACCCGACUUCGUAAUCACCGACUUAGGUGAUGGAUUGUACGAAAUGAAGGUGGACAGCAUCCACAGUAAGGGCAAGUUCCAAUUCAAGUUGAACGAGGAGUGUGACGAGGUGACUCCAGACGGUCGCCACGUCAGGUCAACAGUCACGGUGAACGGCAACACAAUGAAACAUGUGCAGGUUGGCGAGAAGAUAUUCGAGGUGGAGAGAGUGGUCGAUGGAGACACCUUGAGCGUGGUAAGAUGGCAUUAG